ACAAAUUUGCCUCAAAUAGUAAUUUUCUUCUUGAUAGGAUCAUUUUUUGUUCCUAUGAAGGUGCUAGGGAGAAGGAUAAGAGGGCCCCAUAUGUGAAGAAACACCGAGCUUUAACAAGAGUUGGGUGUAAUGCAAUGAUCAAAAUAAGUAGUCGAAUAAGUGGAAGAUUUCGUAUCAUUAAGUUCGAGCCACAACACAAUCAUGUUUUGUCAACACCGUCAAAGACUUUUCUACUUCGAUCACAAAAAAUGAUCCGGUAUUACUUGACAUGACAUGUAGCUCCGGUAUUACUCCGAAAGCAAGUAUGGAAUUGAUGAGUCGAAAGGCCGGUGGGAGAGAAAAUCUAGGUUUUUUGCGUGUAGAUUGCAAUAAUUAUUUGAAGAAAAAAAGAGAUCAAGAAAUGAAAGUUGGAGAUACUGGAGGGGUGCUCGAGUACUUGCAACGAAAGCAAAUUGAAGAUCCCAAGUUUUUUUAUGCCAUACAAGUUGACGCCGAUGAUCUAAUUACAAAUAUUUUUUGGGCAGAUGCAAGAAUGAUGUCUGAUUAUCACUACUUUGGAGAUGUUGUUUGUUUUGAUACAACUUACAAGAAAAAUAAAGAAGGUCGUCCAUUUGCUAUGUUUGUCGGAGUUAAUCACUAUAAGCAAACCACUAUUUUUGGGGCAGCUUUAUUAUAUGAUGAGACAACAGAAACUUUUAGGUGGUUAUUUAACACAUUUGUGAAGGCAAUGAAUAGAAAGAAGCCAAAAACUGUGUUAACCGAUCAAGAUGAAGCAAUGGCAAAUGCAUUAGAUGUAGAAUGGCCGGAAACAUAUCACCGUCUAUGUGUUUGGCACAUGUACCAGAAUGCCGCAAAACAUCUUCACCAUGUAUUUGAGGAGUUUAAAAGUUUUGCCAAGGAUUUUUGUUCUUGUGUUUAUGACUGAUGAUGAAGUGGAUUUUUUAGAUGCUUGGAACACUAUGCUGCAAAAAUAUAAUCUGUGUUGAGAUAGUUGGUUGGAGCGGUUGUUCAAAUUGAAAGAGAAGUGGGCACUAGUAUAUGGGAGACAGACUUUUUGUGCUGAUAUGAGCUCAACACAGCGUAGCGAAAGUAUGAAUGCUCAAAUAAAGAGAUAUAUUAGCUACAAAAAUCAUUUGUGUCAAUUUUUUGAGCAUUUUGAGCGUCUUCUUGAUGAUAGGCGCUAUGACGAAAAUGUGGCCGAUUUCAAGACAAAACAUAGCUCUCCGGCUCUUCCAUAUCCCGUGCGAAUUUUAAAGCAUGCAUCAACCGUCUACACCGCAGAAGUAUUUGAAUUAUUCCAAUGUCAAGUUUGGAAAGCAUGGGAUUGUAUAAUAGAAGAAGAGGACGUUGUUGGAACAACUUCCAGGUAUAAAGUUUUCCCCCCAAGAAAAAAAAUCGAUCAUUUUGUCACAUUUGACUCAGAAGCUGCUACUAUUUCUUGUAGUUGUAGAAAAUUUGAAUUUGUAGGGAUAUUAUGUUCUCAUGCCUUAAAGGUUCUUUGCUCAAAAAAUGUUCACAUGAUCCCUGAUCAAUAUAUACUGAAAAGAUGGAAAAAAGAUGCAAAAGUUGAAACCUUACAAGAACAUACGGUGUCAUCUCCAAAAGUAGAUGAAAAAAUAUGCUAUAGGAUACGGUUUCAAGAACUGGGUAAGUUAUAUAACCACUUUGCCGGUGUUGCUGCCGAGUGUCAAGAGACAUAUAAAUUUGCUUUGGAGGUGCAUCAAAAAUCACUUGCUCAAGUAGAAGCAUAUCUUAAAAAGUUAAUUUGUGGAGCUCCGGAAGAUAUUGGUGAAGAUGGUCUAGAUGGUGGAGAAAAUGGUCACAUUGACCAAUCUGAUAUCUCGACAGUGAGAGGAGUAAAAUCUAGAGCCGGUAGAGUAAGCAGAGGACGUGGAAGGGGAAACGGCCGCAAUAAUGGAUCUGCUCGUUUCAAGAGUUGCUUAGAUAAAGGUGGUGCUCGUAAAAAACAUUGCACAAAAGAUCAGCUUACAGGAACAACCCCUCUAACACAAAUGGAUUAUACUACCCCUAUGACACAAGAAGAUUAUGUUACUUUGCUAGAAGCUUACUCUAUGACGCAAAUGGGCUAUACUAUAACCCCUUUCUCACAUGAGCAUCAUGGUGCCACCCUUGGCACCGGAAGUUUAACUCAACUAUUAAAUGUAAGUAUAUAUAUAUUUACAUUACUUUAUAAUACAAUGGUGUUUAAGGAAGAAAACAUAUCUAAUUAUGUAAUGAUUCUUUUAAAGGAACAAAUGUUCAGAACUGGAGCCAAAGAACCAUAUAAUAACGGCGAAAAUCGCCAUCUUUUUUAGAUGAUAGAGGAGGAUGAUUAGGCGAUGGAGAGAGAAGAUCAACUCAAAUGUUGAACUUCUGAUUUUUAGCUAGUGAUAAAUAUAACAUUUUAAUCUUUAUCAUUUUAUCUUAAGGAAAAUUUGUAAUUAUUAAUCCAACCUUUGCCCGGUUUUCUUUAAUUAAGCCUACCUAUGCGAUAUUUCUAAAUAAUCCAACCUUUAUGACCCAACUACUAUUAUUAAGUCUGGAUGACCGGUUACCUGCUACAAAGUCAAGGAAAAUUGGUAAUUAUUAAUCCAACCUUUGCCCGAUUUUCUUUAAUUAAGCCUACCUAUGAGAUAUUUCUAAAUAAUCCAACCUUUAUGACCCAACUACUAUUAUUAAGCCUAGAUGACCGGUUAACUGCUACAAAGUCAACGUUAAAAACGUUGACAACCUAAAGUUGGUUUCCCUCCUAAAAUAUUGGACACGUCAUCAUCACUUGCCACCUAAACAAGGAUUUCAUUUUUUUUCAAAAAACCCUUAACCCUUCUCUUCUAUGUACCGUGUUUCAAUUCCUCUCUUCUCCAUUACUGCUGCUUCAACCACAAUUGUACUGAUUCAUGACAUCAUCAACGAUUUUCUUGUGGAAAUAGGUGACUUCAUCCACGCGCAUUCAAAUUUCGUCUCCAAAAUCGUACAAUUGAAGGUGAACUUACGAACCUUAACGUUUUUGUUCCUUUUUGGUAAAUUUUGAAUUUUGGGCUUCCUUGACGGUCAGUUCGUAAAAACCCGAGCUGUUGCAAUAAUAUAGUUUUUUUUUAUGUUGUGGGAUGUUGGUUAUUGUGGUCUUGUUGAAAAUUUAGAAAGAAAAAAAAACCUUGAAUUUGAAGAAGAUCCAGAUCCAAUAGGCAAUUGUUUUACCCCAGCCAUAGCAAUUGCUGAUUAUUUUUUAUGAACUUCGAAUGGAGAGGUAUGACCGUAUGAGAGAUCGACAAUGGUGGAGAAGAGCUAGAAGAGAAAUAAUGGAGAGGAGUGCAGAGAUGAAGCAGAAAAUCAUAGAGGAGAGAGGAACGAAAAUUAAAAUAACAAUUAAAGAAAAUAAGGGGAAAAAAAACUAAAAAAAAAUUAUAAGUAAGGGUGAAUACCGCCUAUAGAAGGUUAGUAACUUAUUAGGCUUAAUAAUAGUAGUUGGGUCAUAAAGGUUGGAUUAUUUAGAAAUAUCGCAUAGGUAGACUUAAUUAAAGAAAAUCGGGCAAAAGUUGGAUUAAUAAUUACAAAUUUUCCUUAUCUUAAUAGGUACAACAACAUUACUUUUAAAAUAGUUUUUUUGGACAAUUAGUGUAGCUUCUGACUCUAAAAGGUUGUUGGUAGUGUUACUCUUUGUACGUUACUCAUAAUUCAAGUAUUGUGAUUUUAGUUUGGUUGUUGUAAAAGUACUACAAAGUUUCAUUGGAAUAUUCUUUAAUUUUGAGUGCA